CCUUCAAUUCUCUCUCUCUCUCUCUCUCUCUCUCUGUCGAGCACCUAUGGAUCAAACGACUCGAAUCAAUCACUUUCUUCUGCUCGUUGUAACAUAUCUGGCCAUCUUGCUCCCCUCUGUCAGUGCUUCACCGUCUGAUCAUCGGUACAAUGUGGGCGACGACGUUCCCUUAUUCGUUAACAAGGUGGGCUCCUUAAACAAUCCCAGUGAAACCUACCAAUACUAUCACUUGCCAUUCUGCCAUCCAGAUCAGGUGAUUAGAAAGACGGAAACCCUGGGGGAAGUUUUAAAUGGUGAUCGUUUGACAAAUGCUUUAUAUAAGUUGAAAUUUCGGGAGGACAAAAUUGGGGAUAUUCUGUGCCAGAAGGAGCUGAAAAGAGAACAAGUCACAAAGUUCAGGAAUGCUAUUAUGAAUGAUUUUUACUUCCAAAUGUACUAUGAUGAUCUUCCAUUUUGGGGAUUUAUUGGGAAGGUUGAAGAGGCAAAUUGGACCCUUGAUGAAAAGGGUCUUAAAUUUUAUAUUUUCAGCCAUGUUCGGUUUGAUGCUCUUUACAAUGAUGACCACAUCAUAGAAAUACAUGCUUUUAGUGACCCAGAUCAUGUCGUGGAAUUAAAGGAAGAUGUGGAAACCAAUGUUGAGUUCACUUAUUCAGUUUUCUGGAAUGCAACCUCCACUGAGUUUGAGAACAGAAUGAACAGUUAUUCAAGGGCUUCCUUUCUACCGAUACAGCAGAAAAUUCAUUGGUUUUCAUUAUUUAAUUCAGCUGUCAUCCUUUUACUCCUGAUUGGAUUGUUCAUGGUGUUUUCUAUGCGGAAUCUGAAAACUGAUUUGAGAAAGUGUUAUGCUGCCGAUGAAGAAGAAGGCAUGGAGGUUGGUUGGAAAUACAUUCAAAACGAUGUGUUUGGUUCUCCUUCUCACAUGCCCUUGCUUUGUGCUGUUCUGGGCUCUGGUACCCAGUUGUUGAUGAUGGUUUGCUUAUUAUUUGUUUUGGUAUUUGUUGGUGUCCUGUAUCCCUACAAUCGUGGAGCUCUUACUACCGCUCUUGUUGUGAUUUAUACUCUUACAUCUGCAGUUGCUGGGUACAGUGCUUCUUCUUCCUACUGUCAGUUUGCUGAAAUAGGAUGGGAAAAAUGUGUUCUUCUGACUGGAAUUCUCUACCUUGGUCCUGUGUUUUCCAUUAUAUUUAUCCUUAAUACAGUCGCCAUUGGUUUUGGGGCAACAGCAGCAAUUCCAUUUGGCACGAUGGUAGUGGUUUGUCUUAUAUAUGCAUUUCUUACCAGUCCAUUGCUUGCCUUUGGCGGGGUAUUUGGAUACCGUAUUAGGGCCAGAUUUCGUGCACCUUCUGCUACAAAGAGAUGCCCAAGAGAGAUUCCAUCAUUGGCUUGGUACUGGAAAACGCCUGCUCAAAUGUUUCUUGGGGGCCUCUUACCUUUCAGUGCAAUAAUCCUUGAGCUACAUCACUUGUAUGCAAGCAUGUGGGGCUAUAAAAUCUAUAUUCUUCCUAGCAUUUUGCUUAUCAAUUUCAUCAUCCUUAUCAUACUCACUGCACUCUUGAGUGUUGGUUUGACAUACUUUCAGCUAACCGUGGAAGACCAUGAAUGGUGGUGGAGAUCCGUUUUACGUGGUGGCUCGACAGCAAUUUUUAUGUUUGUGCAUUGCAUCUACUUCUAUGCCAAAUCAAAUAUGAGUGGUUUCAUGCAGCUAUCCUUCUUUUUUGGUUACAAUGCUUGCUUGUGCUAUGCAGUCUUCCUGAUGCUCGGUACAAUCAGUUUUCGUGCUUCCUUGGUCUUUGUUCACCACAUUUAUUUUGCUGUCAAGAACGAAUGAACCAGCUUUGGUUCUAUGUGGUAGUGGAGUAUCUUCACCUGCAGCUUUCUGGAACAAAAGAUGACAGAACAAAAUCAGCCUCACCUGUAAUACUGAUAGAUACCAUCCCAUCCCCCCCUUUCCCCCGGGGUGGCUGUUACAUGGAGAGAGAGAGAGAGAGAGAGGGAUCGGACAGAUUGCAUGAGAUUAUUUUACCUUUGAAUUGAAAGUGGAGCAAUGUUCAAGUAGAUAGAAAUUGAGAUCCCUUGACUUCUGGAUGUUCCAACACAUGCAUACUUCUAAAUCUAUAGGUCCUUUUGGUUUCAUGUCAUUGCCGUGUCCACCAUAUACAUUGAGGGAAAUGGUAAUCCUGUGGAAAAUGUAAUUGGAAUUCAGA